AAACAAUGGCGGUGAGUGGUCGGAAGCGGCUUCUGCAGCUGGUGACACGGUUCGGAGUUCUGCUACUGACCCGCUGCCCGUUCUGGUUCUGUUUUAGUCAGCUGAUGUUGUACGCGGAGCGGGCCGAAGCCAAGAGGAAGCCUGACAUUGCUGUGCCCUACCUGUAUGUUGACCUGGCCGUGGCUGUUGUUUGCGCCAGUUUCAUGUCGUUUGGGGUGAAGAGACGUUGGUUCGCACUUGGCUCCUCCCUGCAACUUGCCAUCAGCACCUACGCGGGUCACAUGGGAGGACAUGUUUAUUAUGGCGACUGGCUGAAGGUGCGGAUGUAUUCCCGUAUCAUCGCUGUUAUUGGUGGAUUCCUGGUCUUGGCCAGCGGCGCGGGAGAGAUUUACAGACAGAAGCCGCGCAGUCGAUCCUUACAGUCCACGGGGCAGGUCUUCCUUGGCAUUUAUCUCAUCUGUGUGGCAUAUACCCUGCAGCACAGCAAAGAAGACCGACUGGCUUAUCUAGACUUCAUUCCCGGGGGGGAGCCUGCCCUGCAGAUCCUUUUUGUCCUGUAUGGGGUCCUGGCUCUGUCCUUCCUCUCUGGAUAUUACAUACGUUCCACAUCCCAAGUUCUGGCCGUGCUGCUGCCCUUUUCCCUGCUCCUCAUUGAUGGGAACCUCGGCUACUGGCACAGCUCCCGGAAGGUGGAGUUCUGGAAUCAGAUGCGUUUGAUUGGUCAGAACGUGGGCAUCUUUGGGGCAGUGGUCAUAUUGGCCACAGACGGUUAAAUUGCAGACUGAGAUAUGGACAGAAGAGGAUCUUCUAUUGACUGACUUUGUGAGCAGUUGCAGCCAUGUUACACAUAUGUUGCAGAUACUGUAUGUUAUCAUGGCAGCAGAAGCACUUGUGCGUUUCUCCUUCGUUUACAUUUCAGCUGUUGUUUCUCAUUGGUUGGAAAGCUCUGGUUCUGGAGAAGAGGAUCCUGGCACAUCAUCUGGAACCACUGACAGACCCAGUAGGGGCGUGGGGGGCGUCUGCAUCUCACCGCUCCAUACGUUUCAACACUAUAAACUUUUAAAGAACCUUGAAAAUGUCUUUUAAAUAUAUAAACACUAGGAAUGCGUCUGA